AUGGCGCUCUUCGAAAUCGACCCCCAGAUUCUGCCGAAUCUGAAGCUGGGCCUUCACUCGUUCCAGAUCGUCCUGGGCUUCUUGGUGUUUUGCUUGGAGAUUGCAGUCUUCCGCGGCGAGACUUCUCGCAUCGUGGGCCUGAACGGAUGGACUUUCGCAGUGUGCUUCCUCUCCAUCCCGGGCUGGAUCUACCUCAUCAUGACUCCUCGGUUUGAGCGCACUCGCAGAUUUGCCAACCCAUAUGUGAUGCUGGCUGUCGAUGGCCUCUACAUCAUCAUCUGGCUCUCUGCCUUUUCUACCCAGGCGGCCUACAACAGCUCUGGCCAGUGCGGCGGCAGCUGUGGCAUCAGCAAGGCCGUCGUUGCCGCCGGUGUAUUUGCGACUCUCCUCUGGAUAGGAACCGCUUUUCUCAGUGCCUACACCUUGCAGUACUACAACUUCCACGGCAGUCUCCCUGGCUACGACAGCCGCAAGAUUGGCGGUAGCGACAACAUCGACCCCGACAAGGCUGCCUUUUCCAUGGCUCCCCACGACGACGAGGCCUACGAGCGAGUCAACAUGGACGACCACGAUGCCCCCGGUUACGACGAUAACAACACCAGCAUGAACAGCCGCUACGGCGACAACCGUCCUUACAACGCCGAUGACUUUGACGACCCUAACCGCUACGGCGCUCUCCCCCCUCGCAGCAACAGCAACCCCCUGUUCGACAGCGAGACGGAGUACCACGGAAGUACUCUCGGCACCGACUUUGCCAAGCACAAGACGCCUUCGCCUGGACCGUACAGCGGCAACCACUCAGACACUUAUGCCGAUGGCCCAGUCCUGUUUCCCUCUGCUGACUAUGAUCGGAUAGAGCACUAAAGGAGAGAACCGGGAUGAAAGAAACUCAUGACAGGCACAAUGCUAUAAAAGGAAGAUGUAUGACGACGGUAGCGGGCACUAUCAAUGAAACUUUGGACAGAUGAACCCAACUAUAUAAACCUGGGGAGGAUCUCUCUAGUGGGCCUGGAUGCUUUUGUUUGCUUGGGGUAGAAGUAUGUCUACGGCGUUGGACGGCAUCCCGUUUAUUUUUUUUUUUCCUUUCCUUAUUUACUCUUGUUUGGAGGCAUCUACAACAUGACGAAAGGUUGAUGAGAUACCAGGGUGUAUAUAGAAAGGCCGGAAUUCACACACGAAUCGUAACUUGU